AUGAAGAUAAGAACGCCUCCAUUUGGCACAUCAAGCGUUGCGACAGAAACGGAAACGACUAGUUCGUCAAUGAUAGUACCCCAACCGCCAAUAAACAUUGACGAUGUAUGGCGAGAAGUACGAGCACUUGAACGCCACAGGUUCGCAUCAUCUCGGUACCGCAAAGUCGGGAAGACUAUUGAGCCGGUUAUAGAUUUUUUAACGAGAUUUUCUCCUAUAGUUGAUAUGAUGGUUCAGGGAACUAGUAGUGCUUCUUUAGUGUGGGGUUCAUUGAAAGCUGUUUUGAUGGUUGCUCAGACUUCGGCUACUUAUUUUUAUUAUAUCGACAAUGCGAUGUUGAAGCUUAGCGACAUCCUUUCUAUAUCAAGUCAGUAUGAAAAGAUGUUCGCGACGGAAGUCCGUGUCAGAACUGCGUUGUCGGAUUUAUAUGAUGAAAUUUAUCUAUUUCUGGAGAAAAUACGAAAGUCUGUUUCUGUUAGCUCAUUGAAGGUCUUUCUCAAGAAUCUGAGAAAGUCUUUCGACGCAGAGUUCAAAGAUAAUCUGGAACAUAUUGAAAGAUAUACUCGGGUUUUCAAUGAUGAAAUCACCCUUGCGCAUCGGGAGAGGAUGGAUUUCUCGACUAAGAAAAUCCAACAAAUAGUUGGAACUAUUGCUUUAGACAAUAUAGAUCUUGCGAGCCGAGUAGAUAGUCGAGAUGCAUAUCACACCAAAGAUGCAAUAUUGAAAUGGUUAACCCAGGUUGACUCUAGAGAAGAUUUUUACCGAGCUCUGAAGAGACGCUCACCAGGAACCGGAGUGUGGCUGCGAGACGAUCCAAGAUUCCGGAGUUGGAGACGCUGCACCGAACCUUCGAAUGACCGUUCGAUAUUGUGGAUUCAUGGCCGGCCGGGAUCAGGCAAGACCGUGCUAAGUACCACUGCCAUUGAGCACCUUCAACUUAAGUCAGAGAAGAGUUUGGAAAGAUCGGAGAAUGAAAUAGCCUCUGUGGUUUACUUUUACUGUGAUUCCGGCGAUGCCAGAAAAAGAUCGACGUUAGAGAUACUCGGAUCAGUUUUGGCACAGUUAAUUGCACCGCUGCAUGACUUUCCAAGCGGAGUCAACGAAGCGUAUGAACGAGCGAGGAAGUAUGGAAGACAGCAUUUAUCAACUGCAGACGAUAUUAUGUCCGUCAUCAAACACGUGUUGCAAGAAUCUCCAUCUUGUUACAUUAUUAUUGAUGGAGUAGAUGAAUGCAGUGAUCCAGGUGAUCUUUCAAAAACAUUUUCGGAUAUUGCAACAGGCUCGCACAAUGUUCGGUUAGCUCUUUUUUCUCGCAAUCUUCCUGCUAUUGCAUUUGAGCUAGAGAGAGUGUCGUAUGCAAUGAUAGAGUUGGAACCUUCUCUAGUACAGCCAGAUAUUGAUAACUUUUUAACGAAAUCAUUGGAUAGUUUACCCGGGAAAGGUACAGGGGCACAAGACCAGGCAUUCUCAAAACUAUCGAAUGCUUCUGGUGGUAUGUUUCUAUAUGCUGCUCUGGGAAUUCAAAGUCUAGCCGAAGCAAUUGAUUCACAGAGUGUUUUGGAUGCUAUUGAAAGAAUACCCGAAGGACUGAACGGAUUUUAUGGUCAGAUACUCGAGAGAUUAGGUUCACAAAGUAUUCGAAGACGGGAUCUUGCUCGUAGAAUUCUUUUGUGGGAGGCGUUUAUAGAAGAUCAACGGCCUUUUAAAGAUGCCGUGCUCGAUCUAUGCGCUCCUUUGAUUGAGUAUCGACCAGAGAAAGAUACAUUUCAUCCAGUUUAUACAUCAGUCCGCGACUUCUUAUGGAGGUCCCAUAGUUUCGACUCCAUGUCAGCGAAAGCAACUCAGUUUCUCAUGACCGAGUCUUACGCACACCAGACUAUUGCCGAAGUGGUACUAGCUAGCCUCUCACUACCAGAUGUUAUACAUAACACCCAGGUUGAUGACUUUCAAUAUCCGUUAGCGAGAUAUUCUACAGAAAACUGGUGUCACCAUUUAUCGUCAGCGUCAUUUGAAGAGAAAGUAUGCCAAAAAUAUGACAAAUUUGCGGAUUCGUCUUUAGCGCGAUCGACAUGGAUCCUACGUUUUCUUCUCUCAAAUAGACAGUCGUUUCCCUUACAACGCAUAGCAAAGUAUCAGAAACAGGUCAAUGAUUGGAAGAAUCACAAAGAAAGCUCUACUACCACUUUUGCUGCGGAGGAUUUAGCUGAUAUACAACGAGCACUGAUUGAACUGGACCAACUGGAUCUCGGCCAAGCAGAAUCUAUCUCAAAUUUUGAGCGCGAUCUCAUUGUCCGGGAUCUGGCACGGGCUUUCACAAUGGCAGGGAAAGUCGACCAGGCAAUUGAUAUGUUCGAAAAGGCCCUUGCCCAAGGACUUCCAGGAGACCCAUCGCCAGAAUCUGUCCGCACCACCUGGCUUUUAAAUAGUCUUGGAAUAAUGUAUGACCAAAAGAAUCUUACUAAUCUUGCUUUGAGCACGCAAUUAAAGGCUCUAUCCAUCCAGGAGAAGUAUCUUCCACCUGAUCAUCUCGAUCUUGCAUUAAUAUUGAACGAAUUGGGUCGAGAAACACGACAUCUUGAGAGAUACUCAGAGUCCGAACAAUACCAUCUCCGCGCCCUUAAUAUCCUGCGCCAAUUUCUUCCCGAGACGGACUUACAAAUAAUUUGGACCCUCAAUACACUCGCUCGGUGCUACCGCUUCCAAGGUCGCUACCCUGAAGCACUCGCUCUCCAUCAGCUUGCACUCAAUGGCCAAAUCACGUUAAUGGGGGAGGAUCAUCCUCAUCCCAUUCGCACGAGAUCAGAUAUCGCGAAAGUAUUGAAAGCGCAAGGCAAAUUCAAAGAAGCAUUGGAAAUCAUGGAAGAUAUGUAUGAGAGAAGAGUCAGAGUACUGGGAAUUGAUAAUCCUGAUACGUUGUGGACGAUGAAUGAUAUUGGGAUGGUGUGGGAGGAGAUGGGUAUGGAUAGUGGGGAUGUGGAGUGCAGAAUAAGAGCAACUGAGUGGCAUGAGAGAGCGUGGAAUAUACAAGUGAGGGUGCUGGGGGAGGAUCAUAAGCACACGGUUUGGAGUCAGGCAGUUUUGGAGAGGUUGGAGGGGAUGGAAAGAAUGGGCGAUGCUGUUGCAACUUCCUGA